AUGGAUCGUAGUUGGAUGUAUGGUAGACGUGACACAAAGGAUUUCAUGCAUGGGGUUUCGGAGUUCUGUAUGAGUGCUUUACAACAUCAAGCUAGUACGGGGGUCAAAGAGUUUUAUUGUCCUUGUGCCGAUUGUGAGAAUGUGAACACGGUCAAUAAUGUUUUGGUGAUUAGAGAUCAUGUAUUUAUGCGUGGGUUUAGACCUAAUUACCAUGUAUGGGUUUAUCAUGGUGAGAGUGGAGUGUACGUAGGUAAUUCUAGUAAGAAUGUUGUGCAUGAACAAGAAGAAGCUAUCUAUGCGGAAGGGGAAGCCGAUUGUUUUGAGGAUGAGGAUGACGAUGACGUUGAAAAUAAUAUUGAUGAUGAUAAUGAUCGUGUCGAGGACAUGUUGCACGAGGUCGAGGAUGAAGUUCGCGAUCGUGUUUUUGAGUGCUUAUCUAAGGCGGCUGAAACGCCAUUGUAUCCUGGUUGUACAAAGUAUAGCAAGCUUUCCGCUGUUUGCACACUCUACAAUAUCAAGACAAGCAGAGGCUGGACUGACAUUAGUUUCACUGAGUUGUUGGUGGCGCUAAGUGAUAUGUUACCGGCUGGCAAUGAACUUCCCAGGUCGAACUAUUAUGCCAAGAAGCUCAUGUGUCCCUUUGGUUUAGAGUACAAGAAGAUACAUGCUUGUCCAAAUGAUUGUCUGCUAUAUCAUAUGCAGUAUGAGAAUUUGGAUAAGUGUCCACGGUGCGGAGUGUCGCGUUACAAACGCAAAGGGGUAAGCGAGGGUAAGAAUGUUUACCCAGCUAAGGUGUUGUGGUAUAUUCCCAUAAUACCGAGAUUCAAGCGCUUGUUUUCGAUAAAAAAAGAUGCAAGGAAUUUGAGGUGGCAUGCAGAUCCUGAUCGAAGGAAGAGAGAUGGUUUGCUUAGGCAUCCUGCUGAUUCUCCCCAGUGGAAGACUAUUGACAAGCUUCAUGACACUUUUGGUAAGGAACCUCGGAAUUUGAGGCUUGGGUUAUGUACGGAUGGGAUGAAUCCAUUUGGCACUCUUAGCUCCCAACAUAGUACAUGGCCAGUACUUUUAGUCAUAUAUAAUUUACCUCCUUGGUUGUGUAUGAAACGCAAGUACAUCAUGUUGUCGCUUCUUAUAUCGGGGCCUAAACAACCGGGAAACGACAUAGAUGUCUACCUUGAACCUCUCAUUGAUGAUUUGAGAAAGAUGUGGGAUGAAGGGGUUUCCGUAUUUGAUGCACAUGCAAAUGAGAUGUUUAGAUUGCGUGCAAUGCUUUUCUGCACAAUCAAUGACUUCCCUGCUUAUGGUAACUUAUCCGGCUACAAGAACAAAGGAAUGAAAGCAUGCCCGACUUGUGAAGAGGAUACACAAUCCAAAUAUAUUUCUGAAUGUCACAAAUAUGUGUUCUUGCGAACGCGAAGGCUUCUUAGACGUGAUCAUCCCUAUCGUAAGAUGAAGACAACAUUCGAUGGGAAUGUUGAGAUGGAUGUCGCCCGUAGAGCGUUGACUGGUAAGGAAGUUUAUGAGCGGGUCAAGGGUGUUGAAACGGUCUUCGGCAAGUCAGUGAAAGACAAGGGUACAACUGGAUUAUGGAAAAAAGAGUCUGUGUUCUGGAAACUUCCAUAUUGGAAAGAUCUACCGGUUAGGCAUUGUCUUGAUGUCAUGCAUAUCGAGAAAAAUGUUUGUGAAGCAAUUCUUGGGACACUUAUGAAUAUUCCGGGCAAGACAAAGGAUACCAAGGGAGUGCGAGAAUACUUUAAAAGUAAGGGGCUUCGUCCAGAGCUGUGGCCUCAGACUUCGGGAAAUAAUAGAACGAAGGAAAUGGAAACAGGGGGUGCCAAGACAAAAGGAAAAGGAAAAGGCAAAGGCAAAGGCAAAGGCAAAGAAAAGGGCAACGACAAAGGGAAGAAGAAAACCCAUUACUUGCCUCCGGCUUGUUACACAUUGUCCAAAUUAGAAAAGCGGUUAUUUUGUGAGUGCUUGUAUGGCAUUAAGGCUCCCUCGGGGUACUCAUCGAACAUGAAAAGAUUUGUGUCUUUAAAUGGCGAGUUGAAGUUGACAAGUAUGAAAUCUCACGAUUGUCAUGUCAUGAUGCAAACUUUCUUACCCAUAGCAAUUCGUGGGAUAUUGCCAAAGCAUGUGAGACAUAGUAUUACUAGUCUUUGUUCAUCUUUCAAUACGAUAUGUAGCAAAGUGCUUGAUCCGUCAACACUCGAUGAACUUUAG